AUGGAGGGAGGAAAUGAAACAUUGACAACAGAUUUUAUUCUCCUGGGACUCUUCCCCAAUAUGAAGUAUGUCAGUGUCCUUGUCUCCACUAUCAUCCUGAUCUAUCUGACUGCAGUCACUGGGAAUUUAGUCCUGCUCCUCCUGAUGUGGAUGGACUUAAGACUCCACAUCCCAAUGUACUUUCUACUCAGCCAGCUUUCUCUUGUAGACCUGGCCCUUAUCAGCAGCAGUGUUCCAAAGAUGGCAAUCAACUUUUUCUCUGGAAGGAAGAGCAUCACACGUCUAGCUUGUGGAACUCAGAUAUUUUUCUUCUUUACUCUAGGAGGUGCUGAAUACAUUUUCUUGAUGCUCAUGGCCUAUGACCGUUAUGUGGCUGUCUGUAACCCCUUGAGGUAUGCAGUCAUCAUGAGCCACAGAGUGUGUCUGCAAAUGGCCAUGGUGUCCUGGAUUGGGGGUGUUUUUGCUUCCAUGGCUCACACAUCCUAUACCAUGGGUCUGCCAAUCUGUGGCUCCAGAGAAAUCCACCAUUUCUAUUGUGAGAUGCCAGGGAUCAUGAAGAUCUCAUGCAAAGACACUUCCACCUAUGACCUAGUGGUCUUUGUCAUGGGUAUUGCAUUUAUAAUCAUCCCCUUUGGACUUAUCAUGGCUUCCUACACCCUCAUUUUCCUUACUGUCCUUCGUAUGAAAUCCCCCCAAGGCAGGAACAAAGCCUUGGCCACCUGCUCCUCCCAUAUUACAGUGGUGAGUCUUUAUCUAGGACCAUGUGUUUAUAUGUACAUGACACCUGGCUCCUCCUACACCCCUGAGCAGCAGCAGGCUGUGUCUGUAUUUUGCACUGUCCUCACACCCAUGCUAAAUCCCCUCAUCUACAGCUUGAGAAACAAGGAUGUGCUCCUGGGGAAACAUUCAGUCUCUAAAUAA